AUGCUGCGAACUUGCCGCGUCUUUUGCUUCCGCAUGAAGUGCGGGAGCAUGUAUGUUGACUACAAGAUAAUGUCCCGCAACCAUCGUCGCUCGAUUCGCGUAGAGGAUGCCUUAGUCGACCCCCUGCUUCCCACCACGGUGGUGCCACUGCAUUGGUUGGAGCAGCUUAGGUGCCCAUCGACGCGUCUUCUUACCGGCUACCACAUAGAAGAGGCGGUGUAUGCAAAGCCGAACUACGGCGAUCGUGUGAGCCGCACUCCUGCGUUGUCGUCUUCGUCUCUUGCAGCUGCCAAGCCGGAGGAGAGCGAUGCUCACGUCAACGCAAUCCGGGCGGGCCCAGUGGUACUCUACAUAACUGGGCAGAGCAUCCCUGUCGUUUUAAACCCUCUCUUUGUGCACUCAGGCGAGUGGGGACUCACUCAGUCAAACGGUGAAUUGGACCUUCGCAUCGGCAUGGAUGCUAUAGAGCAGUGCUCCCUGUACGCUGAGCUCCGCCCGGGUGGUCUGCUCUACUCGAAGCUGCCGCACCCAAGCCUGACAGAGGCGAUGGAGCCGGUGCAGGACACGCUUAAGCGCUACGGCAUGAAGUGUGGCUUGGCAGAGUCGCCACUGGUGCCACGACCGUGGACGCACAUGCGCUAUAUGUUUAUCGACGAGCUGCAGCGCGGCCCGAAGAUGACCGAGUUCGUAGGGUACAACCCGCGCAGCGGAACUCAGUGGCGCUUCUCGCAGCACACCAAAUACUUCCGCACGGGCAUCUGGCGCGAGACCAUCCGACGCAACGAAAUGAACGAUGGGCUGCACGCGCACAGCAGCUGGCAAAAGUCCCCGCAGCAGGCGGUUCCGGAGAUCAGCUUCCUCGCACCCUACCCGUAA